GCAACUCUCUUAUUCUUCCUUCCUUCGUUAAAAAAUUUCUUAAAAAAUUAAAUAUGAGUCAAUAUUAUACAAAUUCAAAUUCCACUCUUCCUGGAGAAGUAAUAUGUCGACCUGGAACUACGGGAAAUGGAACUUGCAUGUGUGAUUGGAGAGUUCAAAUACGCGAUUGUCCAUCUGAGGGUACUUUCAUUGAAAAUUUAUAUCUAGUAAACACGCUUGCGUGUUUUAUAGUGUUUAUUAUGCUUACUGGAUUACUUAUUUGGAGAAUGGCUGUAAAAGGACAAGGACUUAUCUCCAAAGAUCCUUUAAAAGAGAUGGGAAUAUUGCGCCCAAAGCCUCUUGAAUGUUUUCUGCUACUGAAUAUUUUUCAUGUUGCAUUUCGGUUAUUGUAUUCAGUUUGUUUAAUUAGUGAUUUUUUACCAUUAAACGUACUUAAAGAACUUAUACACGACGUAACAUUCACAAUAUCAUUGGCUUCAUUGGCCAUAUAUCUCAUCGGUUUGAUUUAUACAAUACCGCGAACUCAUAUUGCUGCACAGCGUGCAGUUAUAUCUGGAUAUGGGAAGGCAUCUUCGUCAAAACUUAAAAACCUUGAAUUUGGCUUAAAGAAGCUACGACGAGUUCGUGUUCUAUUAUUAAGCGAUUUAUUCUUUUUUGCAAUAGCAUCUUUAGUUUUUGCAUUAUGUCGAAACUUUAUUCUUACAUAUUCGCCAGCUCUUUCGCUUAUAUUAGCAACAUGCUGGAUAUUAAUCGUUCCGUUGACGAACGCAGUAAUAAUUACGGUACUGGCAUAUGAAAUAAAUGAAAAGGCCAAAAUGCCACCUUUACGACCAAAGACAACAACAUUUAAUCAAUCUAGAAGUAAUGAAUAUUAUACUGCGAAUGCAGUACCAAAAUAUCCUGGAAAAACCGUAAAAAAUGAUAGAAAUUAUCCAAAUGACAGCAAAGGAAUUACUGUACGUUUUGAACAAACAAUCGAACAAACAAUCUCAAACAGCAGCAUUCCAUUUUCUCCUGAUUCAAAAGCAUUAGAAAGGGAACAGGAUUUCGUAGGAUCUGCUAGUGAUCAAUCUCAUAGUGCUAUUGUAUCUGAGGGGGAAAGCAGUGAUUCAAUAGAACUUGUAUGGUAA